AUGCGAUUGUUGGCGCACAACAUGCUCGCGUGUAACGCUAAGGGCGUCGUGAACGGGUUCCCGCUGAAAAUCGUCGUCAAGGAGACUAGGGAGACUGAGACGGAGUUUAACGCCGAAUUCUUGGUGCACAUGCUACCAAAGAUGGAGUGGGCGGCUUUCGUGAACGCGGCGAGAGAGAUCGGCGCUGGUGAACUCCCAGGGGAGAUUCCAGAUGACGCGGCGACGAACGAGGAGUUUUUGCAGGCGUUUCAUCACGCUCUCUUGGAGGUGCACGUCGAGGAAGGAACACUCGUUUGUCCGGAGAGCGGCAGAAAAUUCCCCAUCAAUAAGGGGAUCCCGAACAUGCUGUUGAACGAAGACGAGGUGUGA